GUCCCGUCUACCUCUGGGCCAGGGAGGAUGAAGAGUUUGUCUGGGAUCUUUCUGCUUUGCGCUCUGGUUACGGAAGGACUGGGCCUGAAAUGUUUCAGCUGCAUGGAUUCGGACGGAGACUGCACCCGGGACGGAACCGUCUGUGACUCCCUGGCGGACCAGUCGUGCACCGCAACCUUGAUAACGAAGACUAUCGGCGAGAAGCGGGCCCGCACCGUGAUCAGGAGCUGUGGCGUCUGCGGAGAAGCCACGUCCUUCAACGCCGGCUCCGUGCGCCGGACCGUUACCAGCCGCUGCUGCCGCUCUCACCUCUGCAACGACCGGGACCUCCACGUGACAGAGGACGCGGAGCCCAACGGCCUCGAAUGUUUCAGUUGUUUCAACCUCUCGGAGGAGGCGUGCGCCCGGAGCACCAGGGUCCUGAGGUGCCUCGGCAACGAGCGGUACUGCUUCCACGAUUACAGCACCGAGAUCAGGUCCGGCUCGCUGGUCGUUGCCAAGGGCUGCGCGUCGGAGAGCAUCUGCCGGAUGCCCAAGGCCUCGACGUACGGAGUGCAGACCACCUCGGACCCCACCUGCUGCAAGGGGCGGCUCUGUAACAGCCGCAGCGCCCUGCCAGGUCUGAGGUGCCACUCCCGGCUGGAACACUCCGAGCCCCUGGUUAUACGCUGCUCUGCUCACCCCUGCAAGACCCUCCACGUCUCCAUGAUGGACGACGGGAGGUCCCAGGAGCUGGAUGUCCGUGGGUGCGGGACGUGCGAAGAAGGACUAUCGUUCAGCUCUGGGACAUUCUCGCUGCAGGUCUCCGAGUCCUGCUGCGCCACGUCGCUAUGUAACAACCGGAGCAUCGCAGAGGCAGCGAACGCCACCCUGAACGGUGUGGAGUGUUACGGGUGCGCAGCCAGUGGGAACAACUCCUGUGAGGGUUCCACCGGGGUGGUGAGAUGCGUUGGGGAGCAGCUCUGGUGUCUGUAUUCUUCAGGAACAAUGGCCGCCGGCCAGACCCUGACCCUCCGGGGCUGCGCGUCGCCGAGCGCCUGCCGGAACCCCGGAUCCCUCCACACCUUCGGCUUCACUCCCGGACCCGACUUCCGAUGUUGUCGGGGCAACCGCUGCAACCGGGACCGACGCCCCGCCUCCGGGACCGAGCAACCAAUGGCAGCGCAGAGUGCGGGGAGAGACGCGGCGGAGCGACCAAUGGAAGAGCAGACCUCGCCGAGGGACGUGACAGAGCGACCAAUAGCAACACAGAGUUCGGAGACAGGUGCGGCGGAGCGACCAAUCGCAGCGCAGACCGAGGGGCGGGAUCUAUCCGACCGACCAAUCGCAGCGCAGACGGAGGGGCGGGAUCUAUCCGACAGACCAAUCGCAGCGCAGACGGCCAGCCCGGGCUCCGGGAACAACCUGGCGGUGACGGGCGGCGGACACCCGGUCCGGGCCUCGCUCACCCUCCUCCCGCUCGUCCUGGGGCGCUGGCUGCUCUGACGCGGGGUUCUCUACCCCGCGGGACCCCGUCCACCCGGCCUCCUGGGCUGGAGGUGGCGCCUGGAACGUCCCUGAUACCGGGACCCCCACCCCGGCCCUCCUGAUCCCCCAGGACAACCCCGACAUCCCAAGA